AGGUCAUAUUGAUCAUGGACAGUGAAGAAAUCCCAACUUUCUCGAGUCCAAAGGAGGAAACUGCAUAUUGGAAAGAGCUUUCCUUGAAGUACAAACAAAGCUUCCAGGAAGCUCGUGAAGAGCUGGCUGAAUUUCAGGAGGGAAGCAGGGAAUUAGAAGCUGAGUUGGAGGCACAGCUAGUGCAGGCUGAGCAGAGAAACAGAGAUUUGCAAGCAGAUAACCAAAGACUGAAGUAUGAAGUGGAAACAUUAAAGGAGAAACUGGAGCACCAGUAUACACAAAGUUACAAGCAAGUGUCGUGUUUAGAGCAUGACCUGAGCCAGACACGGGCUAUUAAAGAUCAGCUGCAUAAGUAUGUGAGGGAGCUGGAGCAGGCCAACGACGACUUGGAACGUGCCAAGAGGGCAACAAUAGUUUCAUUGGAAGACUUUGAACAAAGGCUGAACCAAGCUAUUGAAAGAAAUGCCUUUCUAGAAAGUGAACUGGAUGACAAGGAGUCAUUGCUGGUUUCUGUACAGAGACUAAAGGAUGAAGCAAGAGACCUGAGGCAGGAGCUGGCAGUACGGGAAAGGCAGCAAGAAGUCACGCGGAAGUCAGCACCCAGUUCUCCGACCCUGGACUGUGAGAAGAUGGAUUCGGCUGUGCAGGCAUCCCUCUCCCUGCCAGCCACGCCUGUUGGAAAAGGAUCAGAAAAUAGUUUUCCUUCCCCAAAAGCUAUACCAAAUGGAUUUGGUACCAGCCCCCUUACUCCUUCAGCUCGAAUAUCUGCGCUCAACAUUGUGGGGGAUCUGCUACGGAAAGUGGGGGCCUUGGAAUCCAAAUUAGCUGCUUGCAGGAACUUUGCAAAGGACCAGGCAUCCCGGAAAUCCUACGUGUCUGGGAACGUUAACAGCGGCGUGAUGAACAGCAACGGCAAAAAGUACCCUCACCUGGAGCAUGCUUCCUUCUUUGACAAAGGGGCAGUGAAUGGCUUUGAUCAAGGUCCCCCCGGACUGGGAGCCUCUCGCCCCUCCUCAGCGCCUGGAAUGUUGCCCCUGAGCGUAUGAGCCCGCAGGAGGUCGUGUUCGGACUUGCAGAUGCUUUUCUCAGCCCACCAAGAGAAGAACUCUCCAGCUUGCUCCCCGCUGCUGCCCCCCUGGAACACGACCCG